AGGCUUUGUGAUUGGCCGGUGAUGUUGCUGAGCGUCCAGUCGCUGAAGCCCGCCUGAAGAAACAGCAGGUGGCGCCAUGGCCCGCGCGGGCAUGGCUCGGUGGCGGGCCAAGAACAGCUCCGGACCCGCUGAGGGCGGGGACGAGGUGCAGCGAUCGCUGGAGCUGCUGGACCGCGUGCUGUCAGAGUUCGACGACCUGGAGAACGGCAACGCGACGGCGGCGGCGGCGGCUGGGGCGGUGGCGGCCGGUCCGCCCAGCAAGGCUGCGGCAGCGGCGGCUUCCAGUGUCGGAGGUUCCCCGCAGCCUCCGGAGGGCCUGCCCGGGGGCGGCGCCGCCGAUGACGGGGGUGGCGCGGCCGACGCGGACGGCGACGCCGAAGGCGACGGGGGCGGCGCGGCGCGCGUGCCCGAGAGCCCGCUCGGCCACCAGUCGGAGGACGACGGCUACAUGAGCAUGAACGGCCGCCGCCCCGCCAAGCUCGCGCUCGAUCUGCCCCUCGCCCCCGCCUCCGCCGCCGCCCCCGCACAGCCGGCCGCCCCCGGCGGUGUGGCGGCCCCGGCGGCACACCCACCGCCGCCUCCAGAGGAGGCUGAGCGCAUCAUUUCUACGCUGCUACCCAGACUGUCGCCGGGCAGCUGCGCAGCACUGGGCCGGCGGCCGGUGCGGCCGUUCCUGCUGUCGGGCUGCGGCGGCAGCCAGGAGGCGCUGACCGGCGCCGCCAACGGCUGCAGGGUCACCACCGCCACACAGACCACGCUGCCGAAGACGCGCGUGGCGGGCCAGCUGAGCGUGUCCUCGCUGCGCUUCUCGUCGCUGCCGCCCGACUCGGCGCUACAGCGCGCCGCCCGCCGCCUGCCGCCGCGCACCGUGCCGGGGGCGUGCGCCGCCGAGAGGCACCGCGAGGUCCGCCGCCGCCGCAACGACGACAACUUCUCCGACGACUCGCUCGAGUCGGAGCCUGUGGGGCCGCCGGCCAGGGAGUGCGACCGCGCCGACGGGGCGGCCGCCGCGGCCGCUGGGCUGCCGCCGCCCCCGCCGCCCACGUCGCCGGCGCCGCCCCCGGCGCCCUCCCCCAGUCCCAGCCCCGGUGCCUCCCGCCGGCCGCAGCGGCCGCCCGUCGCCUGGGAGGUAGCGCUGCACGACCAGCCCGGCAGCACGAGGGUCGUCGGCCGACGGCGCCGACGCUCCGCCGAUCACAUUGCGUCCGGACAGCGCGGUCGCGGCCGCGUGGUGGUGGAGCGGCGCGCCGCCAGCACCGAGGACGACUCGGCGUCGGCGUCGGCGUCGGCGACGCCGUCGAGCGACGGCGGCACGCCCGAGUGGCCGCGGGCGCGCGCGCUGCCGGCGCACGGCACGUACGUCAUCCGCAAGGGCCGGCGGCGAGAGCCGCCCGCGCUCGCCUCCGCCUCCUCCGCCGCCGGCGACAGCGAGUCCUCGCCGCCCAGCGGGGAGCUCAAGCGCUGCAGCUCCACCUUCGACAACAUACGCUCCCUGCUCAACGAGGGCCGCCUCGAGGGGCUGGACGAGCCGCCGCCCGACUUCCUGCCGCCGGCGCCGCCCGCGCUGGUGCGCGUCGUGUCGCUGCCCAGCCUGCCCGUGGAGCCGCCGCCGCUCGAGCGGUCGCGCUCCGACGGACACCGCCUGUCGCGCCUGCACGAGCUCGCCGUCACGCUCGAGGAGGACGACGACGACGACACGGACGUCGCCGCAGCCGCCGGCGCAACUAUCCUCGACGGGCGCCGCUCGCCGCUUCCGGAGGCCGCAGCAGCAGCAGCCGCGGCGGAGCCCGAAGGCGAGCUGGCGUCCCCGGGCGGCAGCCGCGACGGGUACUGGCGGCGCGACGACGCCGAGUGCUCCAGCGUAGACGAGGCGGAGGGUGCGACCGGUGGCGGCGGCGCCGGAGGCGGCGGCUGUUACUUCCUGCGGGGGCGCGGGCACGGCGACGCGCCCUCCGGCGGGCAGGCAGUGUCCGACGUAGAGAACAAGCGCCGCCUCAGCCAGUGCGAGGAGGCCAUCCGCUGCAUCAUAGAGGGAGACCGCCGCCCGGAGUCCGAUGCCGAGCUGCUCUUCCCGCUGGCCAACGGCAAGGACGAGAGUCUCGACUUCUCUGACGCGGACGACCGGCGAGCGACCAGCCAGAGCGAGGAACUCAGCUCGUGCAACAGCCUCGACGUGCCGGCCAGCUCCAGCCGCGAGGACAUGCUGGCCGACUCCAGCCUGGACGAGGAGGCGCUCACGGGCAGGGAGGUGGGAUCGCGAAGAGCGCUGCGCGCCAGGCGGGGCGCCGAUGUGGACCGCGUCAGGGUGCGCGACGGGGACCCCGGCUACCGGCGAUUCGCCCUCGACGGGGAGCGCUCGCACGACGGCCUGGACGACGGGCUGCCCGAGGCGUCCAGCGCCGACCACGAUGCCGACGUCAGCAGCCUCAACAGCACCGACAUCAACGGAAAGCUCAGCCAGGAGGACAGCCUCGAGGUGACCCCCAGCCCCAGCCACGACGAGGGCGUCAACUGCUGCAGCACGCAGGGCAGCUCAGCGGACGAGGCGGCGGCGGGCCGCGGCGGCGGCGGCGGCGACGACAUGAGCGAGGAGGAGGCGCGGCUGAUCCGGCAGCUGCGGCGCGAGCACCUGCAGCUGCAGCACCCCGUGGACGUGCCCCGGCCGCGCCGCGACUACCCCACCGAGCCGCCCCAGCAGCAGCAGCACGCCGUGCGCCUCGAGGUGCGACCGCCACCGCCCCCGCGCAGCGCCACCGCCCCCGCAGUCACCUCCGCAGCCGCCUCCGGCUCCCGCCAGGAAGACUACCGCGCUCCCGCCGCGUCUCAGCACGCCGAACAGGUGACGGUGUCGGCGGACCUGGAAUUUCCGCCACUGCCGCCGUCCCCCGUGGAGGAGGCGGAGGACGAGUACUCGGAGAUCCUGCCGGGGCUGCCGGGUGCGCGCAAGGCCGACCCGCCCAAGGAAGAGGCCGCCUCCCGCCAGCAGCAGCCGCCCCCGCCGCCCCCUCACCAGCACCAGCACCCGCACGCGCCCGACGCCGCCAGCAGUCUCCGCACCCGCUCCAUGGACGCUGGUUUCGGUCGCGCCGCCAGGGGACACGGCAGCCGCCGGGAGGUGCCGUGCGAGCGCCGCACGCUGCCCCCGGAGCUGCCGCCGCACCGGCGGCCGCGCGCCUACGCGCCGCGCUCCCCCGCGGCGCCCACGCCGGCGCCGGCGCCGGGCGGUCUGCAGACGUCGUGCUCGCUGCCCGAGACGCCCAUCUUCGCGCGCGGCUCGGGCUUCGACGUGCCCCGCACGCCCCUGCGCCGCGGCGCGCCGCUGCUGCCCGAGCUGCCGGCCGGCGGGCCGGGCCGCGGCUGGUACCCCCGGCACCGCGCGCGCCCUGCCUCCUCGGAGCACCUGGACCGCCUGGGGCCCGCCGGCUCGGCCGCCGGCACCCACCACCACCACCACGCGCACCACCACCCGCCCUGGGACGCGGCGCGCAAGCCCACCACGCUGCCGCCCAACCUCUCCCCCAAGUUCUUCCACCGCUCGCCGCGGGAGGCGCUGCGCCGCGUCACCAGCCUCCUCAUCCGCAAGGGAAGCAGCAGCAAAGAAUCCAAGAAGGAACAACUAUCGCCGACAGGUCUUGGCAUGGGCAGCGAGUCGCGGCACAAGCGCGGCUUCUUCCGCAGCCUGUGGAAGCGGUCGCGGCACUACUCGCUGGAGCAGCAGUAGCAGUCGGCCGGCGCGGGCCCCUGCGGCUCGCGCCAGUUCGAGGACGCUCCGGAGGACGACGCGCUGCCGCCGCCGCCGCCCCGGCGCAGGGUGCUGUCGUGGUGCGGCGCCGAGUAGCCGAGCGCGCAGGGGCUCCAGAGGGUCCGUGCGGGCACCGGCAGCCGCAGUCCAGCUACUCCGUGUCUUCAGCUACUGCCGCCAUCGGACACUGGGUGACAGCUGCCUCUCAGCAUCGAGAAAUACGAUAAAGUGCUACGAUGAAAACUUUUUGGGGACCAGGCAUUACUGUGACCGUGUGUCGGCGUGUCUUGUACUGUAUUUGAAACCAAUAUGACAACAUAUGUGAGAGUUUGGGAAGGGCACUUGACGGCUCUUGCUGUUAGAAUCCGUAACUUUUGUGCCAUUAUAAAACGUCUGCAACAAGUCGGACUUUAACCUUAGGGAACCAGAGUAUCCAUCAACGGCAUAGCAGGACGGAACUGUUCAUUUCCAAAUGAACAAUUGUCAGAAACUACCUGCAGGUGUUUCUGUUGAGAAAGCCCUUUCUUGAGAGUGCCGUUUAUUGGACUGAUUUUUGUAAAUGGCUAAUCGAAUUAUUGGGAGGCCCGCACGCUUUCUCACUUGCAGCUAAUGCAAAUGAAAGGACCAGCCAGUACAAACUGCGCACAGGGCUUGACAAUUUCCCUCCCGCUCGUUGUAGAUGCACGAAUGAAAACACGAUAUUGUAGGCAAAAGUAUAAACAUUUCAUGGUCGAUGUUGUCCUUACACAUGCAGACUGCAAGUAGCUUUAAGGGCCUUAAUAUAUCGGACAAAAUUUCUCUUGCAGUCGCGAGGCGCAUUUGAAGAUCAUACGCAGCGUACUGAAUACGUCUUAUCAUAUCUAGACAGAACAAAAUGUGUGACUGAUGCCAACAGCGCAUACAGCCAGCACUAGAGAUGCAUUAUAGAAAAAGGGCGUCUUUCUUUCUUUUUUCAUUUCUUCUCGGGAGAGAAGAAAAUUACGGGUGGUAGGAUGUUAUGCUUACUGUUCCAUUUUUCAUUUCCCCUGGUCACACGAGCAGAUUUAUCUGUUCAAAGCACAGCAUGGGACAAUCCUAUCGCCAGGUACACACUUCGCUUGGUAUUCUCCGAUAAAAGGAGACAAUACUUGCAGAGCGCAGCUUUGAAUAUCCUCCAACAUCUUUAUCCGAGAGCCUCGCUAAUGCGCAAGCAGAAGCUCUUGCGUUCAGCUGCAGCAGUCUGGUGUCAAUUGUAGUUAAUCUGAUCCUAUGUUUCAACCGAAUUCUGGUUUUCGUGUAAACGGUACAGUGGAAUAUCAGCUUCUUCCCAUUCUGUUUGUACGCUCUGCAAAGUGUCCAUAAACGUAGGGAUAUCAAGAACAGUGUCCUGCAGAGUCUCUGUGUAGAGACGAAAGUAUAUUUGUGCACAUGUGGCGACUCUGUAAGGUCGAGCAGACAUGCUGCACUUCCGACGUAACGACUUGUACAUAGCGACGUGAUUCGUGUAGGGAGAUCACAGCAGCCAGACGGCUGCUAGCAACUAAUCUGUAUUUGCGCUGUAUUAUUGCUUACAGUAAGCUAGUCCCGGUGACCUGGCAAACUACGGCGGGAGUUCUUCGUCCCUCUUCGUUGCCGAAGAGAGAACAUCGAGGGCCACCGCACGGCGUGGACUAGAGGUGCGUGAUACGCACUAACCGCGCCGCGAUGCGAAUCGGUGUACAGUUAAUCCUGAUCACCAAGGGACAGCACCGUACAUAUGCGUGUGCGUGUGUGUAAAAUUAACAGUUUGAAUUAACUUUCAAUGUCAGGUUUUUAUCUUUAAUAAGAGUGAUACCACAGACUUUUUUGUGAAUAAUAAUGCACGCCAGCGCGUGUGGCGAUAUAUUUUGCAGUAGCGGUAGUCCCGGUCGGGUGUGUCUGAAAGCGACGACAGGUUGUUUUUUAUUGCGUAUUCGUUGUGGAGCUUUGUAUUCGUAUCCGCGUCACUUUUGAAUUGCCUUAACACGUAAAAAAAAAGUUUUCACAUUUUCACACAACAUAGUAGGAGAAACAGGCAGAGUACCACCACUACCCAGUUAUUGUACUAACCAAAACGCACAACAUGUAAGCUGCCACUGCCCAGGCCGCUGGGAAUAAUGCUUUUAUACGUACAUUAAUGCUGGUGAAUGUUCUUAGCUUAGGUUAUAUUUUCACGAAUUUGAAAAUAAAACAAUGUAAAUGUGCCCUCGUGUAGAAUUGAAAAAGGUUCAAAGAAAAAUUGUGAUGGUUUCCAUGGGACUUUGUAAAAAUUCGUGGAGUCUCUGGGAAGCGAACAGCGAGAAGAGUCGGGGAUAAAGAAAGUAAUUUCUACUAACGCUUCUCUAAUGCGUCAAUAUGUUCAUGAUAUUAUUAUUAUUAUUAUUAUACUGACAAUAUCGAACAACUUAAAACUGUUGCAUUGCAAAAAAAGAGCAAGCUUCAUUUGUCAUAACAACAAAGUGCGGAGAACGAAGAACAAGGAAAUAUUGCGAUUUGAGACUUCAAAUUUAGCUUUUGUUUCUAGCGUUGUCAGUUUCAAUGCUUUCGCUUCCCAUGAGACUCUACAGCACUGUACAGCUGUAAAGAGAGGAAUGGUUUUGCUUGUACACAACUCAGCUGCUGGAGAGCACAGCAGUGGCAAGUCAAUAAAGGAGUACCAACUACA